AUGAGCUCUCCCGAGAAGACCGUCGUCAUGGUCACCGGCGGCUCCGGCCUCGUCGGGAAAGCGAUUCAGGAAGUGAUCGAGGCCGAGGAGGGAACCCUAAACGAAAGGUGGGUGUACCUGUCGAGCGGGGACGGAGACCUCACGUGCCCGAUACAGACGUCCGCGAUAUUCGACAAGUACAUGCCCACGCACGUGAUCCACCUCGCCGCCCAAGUCGGCGGUCUGUUCGCGAAUAUGAAGUACAAGGUACAGUUCUGGAGGAACAACGUCAUCAUGAACGACAACAUCUUCCAGGAGUGCCACAAGCGAAACAUAAAAAAGCUCGUGUCGUGCCUCAGCACGUGCAUUUUCCCGGACAAGACGACGUUCCCGAUCGACGAGACGAUGAUCCACGACGGCGCGCCGCACUUUAGCAACGAGGGGUACGCGUACGCGAAGCGCAUGGUGGACGUGCAGAACCGAAUGUAUCGAGACCAGUACGGGAUGAAGUUCACGUCCGUGAUCCCGACGAACAUCUUCGGGAAGCACGAUAACUUCCACCUCGAGGACUCGCACGUGAUCCCGGGGUUGAUCCACCGCGGAUACUUGUGUAAACAAAAAGGCGAGCCGUUUCAGAUCUGGGGAACCGGGAAGCCGUUGCGGCAGUUCAUAUUCAGUAAAGACCUCGCGCGACUCAUGGUGUGGACGCUCAGAAGUUACGACGAGGCGGACCCGAUCAUCCUGUCCGUCGGCGAGGAGGACGAGGUGUCGAUCGCGGACGUCGCGCACACGGUCGCGAAAGCUCUGGGGUUCGAGGGUGAGAUUCAGUUCGACGCCACGAAAGCGGACGGGCAGCAUAAGAAGACGGCGAACAACGCGAAGUUACGGAGGUACCUCCCGGACUUCAAGUUCACGCCGUUCGAGGACGCGAUGAAGGAGACGGUGGAGUGGUUCACGGAGAACUACGCCACUCCGGGGCGCGUUAGGAAGUAG